GACAAGUUGCAGAAGGAGGAAAAAAACACGUCAGUGAACCUGCUGAAGCUCCACGAAGGCUGGAGGUCGAUUCUCCGUCAGACUCGAGCCGCCGAGCUUCGGAAAGACAUCGACGUCCUCAGUCAGACAUUUGAGAGGCAGCUGGACGCCGUGAAUGAUGUCAUCAAGAGGAUGGAGCGAGACCUGCAGGAGGCGGAGCAUCAGGCGGCUCAGGUGCAGCAGCUUCACCUGCAGCACGUCGAGCGACUGCGGGCGCAGCAGGAGAAACAGCUGAUGGUUCUGCAGCAGCAGUGGGAGGACGGACUGCAGCACCUGAGCUGCACGUUCAACUCUGAGAGGAGGCAGAUGCAGAUGGACUCUCGGCAGCAGCGAGCUGAUCUGGAAGAUGCAAAGUUCACUGUGGAGCAGCAACAUGAAGCAGUGAUGAGUGAAACCAUCAGACUGUACAGCGACAGCAUCGCAGCGUACGAGAGCGCUCACGAAGAUCGGAGGGCGGCUCUGCUCCUGGAGGGUUCGAUGCUGCUGAAGGAGAAGACUCGACUGAAGCAGGAGACUCUGCAGCUCCACCGCAAAGAAGCAGAAGAAGUGGACGAGCUGCUCGUGAAGAACCAGCUGUUGAUUGAGACGAGAGACAGAAGCACGAGGAGGCUGAGGAAGCUGCAGGACUCCAUGUUUCAGCUGAGGAUGAAGCUGAAGUCCAGUCAGACAGAGAAGGAGUUGGUGGAACGAGAUCUGACGGCUGCCAGACACCAGGUGAACCAAAGGACGCACAAGCUUCGUGACCAGCUGACCCGGGGUCGUUCAGCGGCGAGGAAACAUCUCGCUGACCUCAGCGUGCAGAGCAACGCCGCCACCAAGAAACUGCAGGAGGUCAUCGCCAAGGGGGACAGAGUUUUACGUGUCGCUGAAAUGUGCUGGAAGCUGAAGAACGAGUUCGUUUCAUCAGAUGAAGAUCGUCACGGAUCUGAGGACGCAGCUGAG